AGCUGGAGGAGGGGCCGGAUCCACGGCCCGAACCCUACAGAUUGGAGGCGGGCGGAUGAUGGGAUGGAUGUGUGUAAAGCCCUCUUUAUAAAGGGCCGCAAUCUUCGCAACCAGUUGGAGGGUGAGAUGGGUGAUAAGGGCAAGGGCGGAGUGGAUGCCAGCGGAGAUAAAUGCGGCGACGACACUGGCGAUAGCAACAGAAGCAACAACAACAACAACAACAACAACAACAACAACAACAACAACAACAGCAACAGCAACGACAACGACAACAAUAACAUCAACAACAACUGCGGUGAUGCUGGGGGUGGCAACAACAACAACAAUAAUGAUGAUGGUGGUAGUGACAACGAUGGUGGCGGCAACGAUCACUGCAACAGCAACAACAACAACAAUAACAUUCACGACAGUGGCAGCAGCAGGGUUGAGAGCGGGGUUGGGGAUGACAUCAACAACAACAGCGAUGAUGCCGGUAGUGUUGACGACGGAGGCAGCGAUGACCACGGCAGCAGCGGGGCUGAAAGCCUUAGCACGACGGGUGUGAUGCCGCAUGCUGAAGUGGAGGAGAUUGGGAUUGAUGUGGAUAAGAGGUUUGCCAUCUCCCCCUCCCUUCCCCCUUUUAACCUCAUCGUCUGGUUGAGGAUAGGAGUGGGCUGAUCGUUGUUGAUUGUGUUGCCAAUUGAUGUUGAUUGGUGUUGUCCGGCCUACCAAUCAACAAUGGAGUGCUGAGGGGGGCUGGUUAGGAUAUACAUUGCGGGUGGUCAAUACUUCCCUUGCGUGGGGAAGUAAUCAAUGCCCCCGCUUACA